UAUCAGGUCACUGAAAAAUUCAUUUUUAGCUAAUUUUUGCAUAAUAAUAAUUCACAUUUUUUAUAUCUAAUUAACAUUAUUAGAUAAACAUAUGCAUAAAUCGUUGGCUUCACAGAAGUUCUGAAAGUUGUAAGAUUCUUUUUUGCCUAAACGUAAAUAUUAGUGUUAUACCGGAGUAGCGAAUAGUAAUGACAAAGUCGUCCAUUUUCGCUUCAGCUCACUAGAUAUUCCCUUCAAUAAAAGUUUGGGGACAUUGUUAUAAACGACAUCACUAUUUCGUGGACUGCCUGUGUAUCUAACUGAUGAGCCAUUUAUACAGUUACAAGCAGCCAUGAAACUAUAUAAUAAGUUCAAGUGUAUAUGUAUGGUGGAUUGUGGAAUUAUCCGGAAUUCCUUAUUUAAGCUAGUUUAUUAUAUAAAUGUUUAGAAAAUCUUAGUUUUUGUAGGGAUUUAAGAAGCGAUUGAUGAUGUUCUGAAAAAAAGGUAACUACCUUGGAAUUUGGUAAGAAAACACUUUUCUGGUAGUUUAUAAGAUAUAAGUUGGCUCUUUUUGAAGAAGUAAGUUACAAUGACUAUUAAACAAAUAAUAAUGUUAUUCUAUAUAUUCAGAUAGGUCAUAAAGAAAGGGAAUAAAACACAUACAUUUAUUUCAAUAUUGUACCCAGUUCCAAAUAUUUUCAAAGAUAUAAUCUCUUUCAUUGAAUUUUCGUCAGUAAAUUAAGAAUCUUUUCUGGGAAUUGUGUGAAAACUUAUCAAUACUCAAUCCUUUUUAAGUUUGAUAUAAACUGUACAUAAUUAGUUUACUAUCAGGUUACAAGUUUAUCGAACAUUAUUUCUUGAUUUAAUUUGAAGAAUGAGAACAUACUUUAUGUAAUAGUUUAUGAGAGGUCCUUUAAAAAAUACAUGGUUAAACUUAUAGUAUGCACUUGUGAGGACGGCCCACGAGUGAAUUCAAGGAAGCUCUAAGAAGCUCGGAAACGGCCGAAGAUAUUCAAUCCACUCAUCUUUUGGAAGAAUAUUACAGAAUCUUUACAUGUAGCUUCACUACUGAACAAAUACUAAAACCCCCUGUAUGCGUAUUGGAUGACUCUAAUCAUGAUUUUGUUUUUACUAAGAAAACUAUGUAGACCUGAGAGUUUUGUAUCAUAUUUGAAACUGUUUGGAAUAGCAUUCCUUUCACUUGUCCUCUGUCUUCUCAUUUGCGACUUGGAGGGUUCUAGCGUUUGAGUGCUCUAUUUGUACGCGGUAUAUUAAGAAUCUAACCCCUAGAUAUAACAGUACUGUGAUUAUAUAUAUACAGUCAUCAUAAUGAGGAAUUAUCAGGCUUUGUUGGUUGGAAAAAAGACCAGUCUGUUACAGAAAACAAUAAUAACAUAUAAAUAUAGACCAGUUGUUCCAACUCCGUGGGUUUAACUUCUGGUGGGUUAGUAGUAGCACACUUUAUAAGGGUGCUGUAAUAAAAUGAAACGAAUGACCAUUAUUUAUUUUUAUACCUCUGUUAGCCACUACCUAAAAUAUAACGAAUAAAGCUUAAAUGAUUUAUAGUAUUUUUAAUUUUUAGAAAUCAAAGUCUUAAUACACGGGUAGUUAGAGGAAAGGUUUAGCUAGAAUAAUCAUAACCAAUAAGAACGAAAUUAUCUGCUCAUAACUGUGUACCAACAUUUUUACUAUUAUCUCUUUAAAUGAGAAAAUCAAACAUCGUGAAAUAUUUUAGCUAUAAAGUAAUCCAGUUAGGAAAUCCAAAAAUUUCCCUCUUCAACAUUUCUAGAGGCCAAAGAAACAUCAAGAAAUGUUUUAUCUAAUUGAUGUUGCAUAGAAGCUUCAAAAAAAACAUCUGGGAAAUGGGGAAUCAAGUGUUGUGUUUUCGAAUAAAUGCUCACCUAUACCAUUAGCAUGUUUUCACGAAGUUCCAAGAGUCCAAGGUCACAACUAACAUCAGAAAUCGACCUUGGAGUAAAUCUCUAACUUACAUUUUGCGCCAUUUCUCCAUUGUUCCAAUUAACUUGCAAAAGCAGUUUUGGGGCAAGAUAGUAAUAAGACAGUCAGUAGUAAACGUUUGAAUUGGUUUGGAUUGGUUGUCAAGGCUAAAUGUAAAUUUCUUGUCCAAUAGAUCCUUUGAUCACAUUAAAUAUCACCUUACAUUGUACCAAGUAAUUUGCAUAGCCUUGUGGAAUAUAAGGAGAGCUGAAUGGACGAGUUCCACUGGAUUUUAUGAGGAAGACAUGUCUAUCAGAAUAAAAAUUUACAAGGACAUUUGGCAGUCAUUAACUGAAUGUACUUACAACUCCAAAAUAAUGAGCUAUAAUGGUUUAGCCGAAAACAAUUUAAGGAUACAUUGAUUCUGAUUGACUUAUUAUGUUAGUUCUGCAGUGUAAAUUAUGAACGUAUUUAUUUGAACGAAACUUAAUCACCGUAAGCUAAAUAAUUACAACAAAAGCAUUGAUUUGAAUACACUACAUGAUUUUAAACCAGUGUUGUAAACUUCCUUAUUUAUCAAAAUUAGAAAGCAGUUAUUCUACUGGACAUUUUUAGUAAACUGCAUUUUGUUUUGUUUCUUAGUACAUAAAACUAUAAACACACUGAAUACAUAUAUACUUUGUAUGAUACAAGUGUUUGUUGCAAUUAACUUUGUUUAUGUUUCAACUCCCAAAAUACCAUAAAAAUUAUGUUUUUAAAAAUAUAUUUGUGGUUUAAGUCGUAACAUCAAAGUUAAGGUAAGUUAACUGUUGAACUCUCGUUGUCUCAAAUUAUCACUAGAACUAGUAAUUAAUUAUAUUGAUUUUUCAAAUAAUUUAAGUGGAAACUUCUAUAUUCUUCUUAGUAUCAUUUUGUACAUUCAUGUGUCAAAGAAGUGAUGUUGAAUCCAUAUAAAGAAAAAUUCUACAAUCAAAAAAAUAUAUUGAUCUUUCAAUCCGAGAAUAAAAAUAAUGAGAGCACGCAAAACUGUCAAAAAUAUGAUAAAAAUUUCAAUAAUAUAACUGAUGAUUAAGUAAGUUGAUGAGAACGUUUGUUAUCUAAAAAUUGUGACAAAGUUGAUCCUUUUCUUUAUCACAUUGAAAGAUAUUUUGAUAAUCGAGCUUUGAAUGUAGGCUUUUUAGUUUGCUUCAAUAGUUUGACAUGCCAUCAAAGAAGACCUUCUGGAUACUUCUCAAACACCCAGUGGGAACGCAGUUGCUCGUAUAUCGAACUUUACUAAAUGUGAAGCAUCUUGUUGGCUUGCAAUAAUUGGAACAAUAUGUUGCGUAACCUCAUCAUUUAUUGGUGCAUUGAGAAUGAGAUAUUGCAAUGUUAAGGAGACGAAAAAGUAUAAAACAGCACAAUUUAUUAAUUCAAUAGCUGGAUUUAUUAGUUUGUUAAGUUCCGUGUCUGUUUGGGCAGAUUUUCUUUGUCAUCUUCCAUAUGAACUAAGUACAACUUAUCAAUUGAAUAAAUUAACUUUUAAUCAACAUAAACAACCAAUUAAGAACAGGAAAAUAUUUUUACCUCAAACUGGCAAUAAUCAAACUAAUAUAUUAACAAUUUCUUCAAUGUUACAUCUUUCUCGUAAUUAUUCUUUAUCUAAUUGGAUAAAAUUUAAAAAGGAUUUAAAUCAUCUUGAACAUUUACAUUAUAAUGGAAAUUAUUUAUUUGGUUGGGCAUAUUGGUUUUGUGUAGUAUCAGUUAUAUUUUUAUUUUUAAGUAAUUUGAUUUAUUUAAUGAGAAAAGAUUGUGAAGAUGAAAGACCAGUUGAAAUUGUUUUCACUUGA